CAGAGCCAAAAUACAAAGACUUCAAUUUAGCUCUAUCUUCUUCUAAGUCAAGUUGUGUGGUUGACGUAUAGCUCCAGCUGAAACCCACAUAUCUUUAUUUAUACCACAAACUUUCUCUCUCACAUUCCUUAAACCAAAAUAAAUCUUCUUUUUGAAAAUUUUCAUAAAACUCAUGUCUGAAUCCUGUGUGCUUUUGCAUUUUCUCUUGCUAAUCUUGCUCCGUUUUGUCUCCCCUUCAAGCUUCUUCAAUUUAAACAUCGACUAUAGUAGCUAUGUUGCUUGUGGUCCCCAUCAGAUUCAAGCUCUAACUGAGUUCGUGAACGAGUUUGAUAGCAGCCAGUGCAACCUCAGCGAUCCAUACAAUGGAGUAUGGUGCGAUAACUCGACCGGUGUGGUAACAAUGCUACGACUCAGGGACUGCCUCAGUGGAACUCUAAUGCCCAAUAGUAGCCUCUUCAGGUUACAUCACCUUCGUUACCUUAACCUCACUCAAAACAACUUCAACCUAUCUUCACUUCCUUCGGAAUUUGGCAAUCUCAGCAGGUUAGAGUUCUUAUCUCUUAAGAAUAAUGGAUUUGUAGGCCAAGUUCCUUCCUCAUUUAAUAGCCUAAGCUUUCUCUCCGUUUUAAAGCUUUCCCAAAAUGAGCUCACUGGUAGUUUCCCACUCAUAUGGAAUCUAACAAAGCUCUCCGUUUUAAUCAUGUCUCAUAAUCAUUUCACUGGAACUCUGAACCCCAACAGUACUAGCCUGUUUGAGUUGCACCACCUCCGUUUCCUUGAUCUAGGUUACAACAACUUCAGUUCACCACUCCCUUCUGAGUUUGGAAAUCUCAACAGGCUAGAGGUCUUAUCUCUUUCCGAUAAUGGCUUUUUUGGCCAAGUUCCUUCCUCGUUUAAUAACCUAACCUUGUUAACCGAAUUGUACCUUGCCUCUAAUCAGCUCACUGGUAGCUUCCCACUUGUUCAAAAUCUAACCAUGCUCUCAGUUAUUGAUAGCAGUAAUAAUCACCUCACUGGAACCAUUCCAUCUUCUCUAUUCACCCUGCCUUACUUUUCAUAUCUCGAUCUGAGAGUAAAUAAUCUCAUCGGUUCUAUUGAAUUUCCUAACAACUCUUCCACCCCAUCUAGGCUAGAGCAAAUGCGCCUUGGGUAUAACCAUUUAGAAGGAAAAAUCAUAGAGCCUAUCUCAAAGCUCAUCAACCUCAAGUAUCUUGAGCUUUCAUUCCUUAACACAAGCUCCCCAGUUGACUUAAGAAUCUUCUCCCCACUAAAGUCUUUGUGGAGCCUCGAUCUUUCCGGUAAUAGUAUAUCUCCCGCCAGUUUAGAUACAAAUAAUUCAGACAUCCCAAUAAACCUGGAGAUAUUGUUCUUAUCAUACUGCGGCAUCAACGAGUUCCCAAAUAUCUUAAAGGUCCUUGAGAAGUUGGAGUUUAUAGACGUUUCAGACAAUCUAAUCAAAGGGAAAGUCCCUGAGUGGUUAUGGAAGCUUCCUCGUCUAAACGCAAUGUUUCUUUCCAAUAAUUUGUUUAAUGGUUUCGAAGGUCCGGUGGAUGUUUUGGUAAAUUCAUCGUUGAAGAAUUUAUUUAUGGUGCAAAACUAUUUUGAAGGAGCAGUUCCUAUUCUACCACUUUCUAUCAACAACUUUGCUGCUUCAGACAAUAGUUUCACAGGGAGCAUACCUCUUUCACUUUGCAACUACAGAUCUCUGAAGCUUUUGAUGCUAUCCAAUAACAACCUCACGGGAACAAUUCCUCAAUGCUUGAGUAACUUGACAGUUGUGAAACUUCGGAAGAACAACUUGGAAGGAAGUAUUCCUGACUCGUUUCAUCUGGGUGCUUCUCUACAGACACUUGAUGUAGGACACAAUCGACUAACCUGGAAACUUCCAAGGUCUCUUCUAAAUUGCUCAUCUCUGGAGUUUCUAGUUGCUGACCACAACAUGAUUGAAGACAAGUUUCCUUUCUGGCUCAAGGCGUUACCCAAUUUGCAAGUACUUAUCCUCAGUUCUAACAAAUUAUAUGGUUCUAUAUCCCCUCCUGAUCAAGGUCCUCUCGGGUUUCCAGAGCUGCGUAUAUUUGAAAUAGCUGAUAAUAAGUUUACUGGAAGAUUGCCACCAAGAUACUUUGUCAAUUGGAAAGCAUCAUCACUUACUAUAAACGAGGAUGAUCGUCUAUAUAUGGAAUACAUAUUUACUUCUGGGAGACUUUACUAUAUCGAAACUGAUACUAUAGAUUUGAAAUACAAAGGUCUAUCAAUGGAGCAAGGGAGCAUCCUUGCCUCAUACGCCACUAUUGAUUUUUCAGGGAAUAAAAUUGAAGGACAAAUUCCUGAAUCAAUUGGUCUUUUGAAAGCAUUGAUUGCACUCAACUUCUCAAACAACGUCUUCACAGGCCAUAUUCCUCUGUCUAUCUCCAAUCUAAAAGAUCUCGAGUCACUAGACCUAUCAAGCAACAAACUCUCAGGAACCAUUCCUAGUGGACUUGGGACUCUCUCGUUUCUGGAGUACAUAAAUGUGUCUUACAACCAACUCAGAGGAGAAAUACCACAAGGAACACAAAUUACUGGACAGCCUAAAUCUUCCUUUGAAGGGAAUGCAGGGCUUUGUGGUCUUCCUCUCCAGGACAAUUGCUUUGGGACUAUUGCACCACCGACACAACAACCUCCGGAAAAAGAAGAAGAAGAAAAUGAGGAACAAGUGUUGAACUGGAAAAGUGUGGCAAUAGGGUAUGGACCUGGAGUGUUGCUUGGACUUGCAAUAGCACACCUCAUUGCAACAUACAAAUCGGAGUGGUUCGUUAAGAUAAUUGGUCCCAGUAAGCGCAGAAGCCGUUAGGAAUGUUUCAGUUUGAGUUUGAUCCUUCUAAUGUAUGUCAAGUGGUUGAUGAUUCCUCUUGUUUGGAAGCAUCUCUAUAUGUUUGUUGUAUCAUUAUCUGAUGUUUUGUUCUAUUUCCUUAUCUAUAAAGUAAGAAUAAUGAAUUUUAUAGUCAA